CUUGCAAGGAACGUCAGAUACUUGGUUUUGCUCUUACAUUUGAACCCGGACAGAUGUUUAAGAAAGAAACAAGCGUGAAAGAUAAUUCUUAGCAAAGGGCGAACCACAUGCGAUGGCUGAGAAUGGUACAACGCAUAAUAACAGGGAGAUACAACAUGCCGAUAAUCACAACCGCCAUAAUGACGUCUUGGAGCACGAGGAGGUCAUGCGCAAUGGCCAUAUGCAAAUCGCCAUUAAACAGGAGUCCAAGUACAGUAGUUACUCCUCGGAGGAUUCAGAAGAUUCCCCCUUAGAUUUUUCGUGUAAGAAAAGAAAGUUCGAUGAGCAUGAUACCUCUGGAAGAGAGUCUAUUCCGUCUUCUUCAUCAAAUGCUGAUUCUUCGAGUUUGGCAGACGACAGGAAAUCUUCCGAUCCAGAAGAUGGGAUGUUUUUUAAUGGGAUGUUACACAAUCGGGAUUUAUUAGACAAGCAGAUUGAACCGGGGGAAAUCAAGCACCCCAUAGAGAGAUGCUCUCCAGGAACCACCUCGGGAUUGGCAGGUAUGAUGUCUAAAAUUCAUGCAGGCUUCAUGUCCCCAACACAUCUUCUAGGGGGAGUGUUUCCUAACAGCUUGGUGGACCCAAGGGUACCACAACAAAAUGGUUCUAGACCGUUCAAGGCUUACCCGAAGGAUCCUCUUUCACUUUCAAUGGGUGCAUAUGGCCUCUCCAAUGGCUUGUCUCCCUUUCACGGAAUCGAUGGAAGUAUGUUACAGGCAUUGAACAUAACUGGGGAAGAGUUUAUGGAAAUGUACAAAAAACAAUUACAAUCAUUGAGAGACAGAGAUCAUAACGGUAGUAAUGGGGGAAACUAUUCUGAGUCAACAUCAAAAUCGUCCACACAUGCCAGUCUCCCAUCAUCAUCAGUCAUUAACACAAACAAUAGUAGUUUUUCGAACGGCAGCAUGAACAGUAGCCCCACCAUUGGUAAUUCCCCACCGUCGUUUCCAGUGCCUAGUUCAAGUGUUAAUAUGGAAAUAACGGCAACGGGUAGGAAACGACCCAAAACCUUGCCCGAGGAGCAGAAAGAUGAAGCUUACUGGGAAAGGAGAAGAAAGAACAACGAUGCAGCAAAGAGGUCACGGGAUGCAAGGAGAGCAAAAGAGGAUCAGAUUGCAAUCAGAGCAGCAUUGUUGGAACAGGAAAAUCUUAAACUUCGUGUAGAAGUUGCAGCUCUAAAAACUGAAACUGCAAAGCUCAGGUGUAUGUUAUAUAACAGCUAAAAUUCCUGGAUUGAUAAAAAAUCCUCCCUUCUGUGUAGCUUGUUUUAAAUCAUGCAAAUUGAUCUACCUCAAUCUUU